GUGGAACCUUGGCCCCGGUCGAUUGACUUCAGCGCCGACGCUGCGCUGCUCCCCGCUGCUCGUGCGGGUGUGAGCCACCACCUUGCCGCGUGCCCAGACGCGGUCAGUGAGCGAUGGUCUUCGAGGCGCGCGUCGAAUCCGCAAUCACCAUCCACGCCUGGAACGCGGACCGCACGCUCCUCGCCGUCUGCCCGAACGACAAUACGAUCGCCAUCCUCAAGGUCCCGACCGCCGAGCCGCUGGACGGGCCGUGGGAGCGGGUGGCGACGCUGAGCGAGCACGACGCGCUGGUGACGGGCAUCGCGUGGGCACCGACGUCCAAUAAGAUCGUCACCGUCUCGCAGGACCGCAACGCCUACGUCUGGACGCAGGUCGGCGGCGAGUGGAAGCCGUCGCUCGUCAUCCUGCGCAUCGCGGCGGCGGCGACGUCGGUGCAGUGGUCGCCGGGCGAGGAGAAGUUCGCGGUCGGGUCGGGCGCCAAGGUGGUGCCGGUGUGCUACUACGAGGCGGCAAACGACUUUUGGGUCUCGAAGAUGAUCAAGGAUCACUCCUCCACGGUCGGGGCGGUUGCGUGGCACCCGACGGCGCCGAUCCUCGCCACCGCGUCGUUCGACUGCCGCUGCCGCGUCUUCUCGGCGCACCUGAGGAACAUUGACGGCAAAGAGGCGACCACUCCGUGGGGCGCAGCGGCCAAGUUCGGGACGCUGCUCUACACGUACGAGGCGUACGGCUGGGUGCUCGACGUCGCCUUCUCCGCCGCCGGCGACGCUCUCGCCCUCACCGCGCAAAACUCGACCGUCGCCGUCGUCGACAUGGCCGCGGCGGCCGCAGGCUCGGAGGGCGCGGCGCAGACCAUCCGCCUCUCGGAGCUGCCUCUCACAAAGCUCCUCUUCCUGCCCGACGGCCAGCUGGUCGGUGCCGGGCACUGCUACUCCCCUCUCCUGAUCGGCCGCGCCGAGGGCGCCCCUUGGGCCGUCAUCGGCAAGCUGUCGACGUCGGCCGGUCGGACCAAAAAGUCAUCCUCCAAGGUCGACUCGGCGCGGAGGAUGUUUCAGGCGGCAGCCUCCACCGGCACCCUCGACUCCGGCGCCGCGACCCUUGACUCGCUCCACCAGUUCGCCGUCUGCGGGCUGCAGCGCUUUGGCGGCCGCGUGGUGCAGAGCGACGCCGUCUUCACGUCGUCCGCGCUCGACGGCAAGAUCGUCGGCUGGUCGGCGCGCGAGAUCGCGGCGGCGGCGCAGUAGGGAGGAGGGCUGCCAAGUUGCGCUUGGCUGGCGUUUUGUUUUCCACUCGUUGCGAAUUCUUGGAGCACUUGAGUCCUUGGAGCACUUGGAGUGCAGCUGGUAGCACUUGGAGCACUUGGAGUGCAGUCGGCAACCUCACAUCCAGGGCUGGGGAGCUAUGAAGCGCACCCAGCGGGCCGGAUGCUCGGGGACGGGCUCCCUUGGGGGGUGCGCGUUCGCA